AUGAAAUUCUGCCUCGCGGCUUCUCUUCUUUACUUGGCUGGCGGAGUUUAUGGCGCCGUUGCAACCCCUCCACCAACAAGGCUCGGAGGAUUCACCCCUAUUCCCUUAGAACAUGAUCUCCCUACAGCCAUAUCGGUCCUCACAGCCGUAAAUACUAGUUUCAACGUAGUUGAAGCUGCCGUUAGGGAAUACCAUGGCGAUAUAGCGCCCCUGAGAGCGGCCGCCUCUGACUUUCUCUCCACCAUUCAGUCUGGGACAACGACUGUGAACGGAAUGACUCCACUGACCGCGGCGGAAUGUCUCUCCUUGAUAAGCCCUGCCAGGGAUCUUCAAGAUAGGAGCAGAGCUCUGGCAAUCCAGCUCAAGGAAAAGAAGACCAUCAUCCAGCGGCAUAAACACUGCGCGACAAUACAUGACUUCCUGGACAAGGGUACCCCUCUCAGCGUUGGUCUUAUUACCGCCGUCGUCUCCAAAGUGCCAAAGAAUUUCAGAGGAAUUGUUCAACGAGAAGGAGACAAAAUAACCAAGGAGAUAGAGGACUCCCGGGAAACGUUUGCUCCCGUAAACUGUUCAGAUGCUUAG